AUGGUUGCCAUCAAGAACGUCCUCCUCCCCCUUGCAAUUGCCUCCACAGCCUUGGCCGCCCCCGCUGUCCACGAGGGUGCUAUCCUCGAGGCUCGAGCAAACUCCACCAUUGACGACUUCAUUGAUUUCGGUGGAGUCGUCCUCAAGACUGUCACCUCUACCCUUGACAUCAUCACUCACCCCGACAAGUCCAAGGGCACCGUCUACGACAACCUGCAGAAGGGUGUCACCCAGAUCAACAACCUCUUCCCCACUCUGAUUGACGACCUCAAGACUCUGCCCAUUGUCGGUGACGUCGCCAAGACCCUUGGCCCUCUCAUCAUCAACCCCCUUUCCGAGGGCUUCGCCAAGGUGAUGCAGCAGAUUGCCAUCACUAUUAUCUCUCUGUUCACUGACGGUCCCAUCUCCACUAUUGGUGACGUCUUCAGGAGCCUCUUCGGCAACUUCCUUGACUUUAUCAAGCAGUUCAUUGGCUCUAUUGCCAACCUCUUCCCCUGGAUGCACUCCGAGACUUCUUCCAUGAAGUCCGCCUCUAACCGACUUGAUCAGGCUUACUUCUCUGCCGCUAACAACUAA